AUGCCUCAUCAAUCGCGUCGUCGUUCUAGUACUGCAAUAGUGACUGUACGGAGAUUAAGUGCUCAACAUGUAAAUCCAGAAAUGUCUGAACUUACACUUUUAAAAGAAGAACCCCAUACUGGUGAUCACUUUCUCUCACCUGCUCAAUUAGAAGUUGUCUAUCGAUCUAACAUAAAUACAGGGCUUACUGAAAAUGUUGCAAAAGAAUUACUUGAACAUUAUGGGCCAAAUCAACUAAAAGAACUUCGUGGAAAUAGUUAUUGGAAGAUAUUUCGCCAUAAUUUAUUUGGCUGGUUUCAAUGUGUGCUUUGGUGUGGUGCUAUUUUAAACUUUAUUGGGUUUUUCUUUUCAGAACAAAUUGACUCUGGCAACGAUAGUUCUGGGCAUUCAGGAAAAGAAUAUUUGUAUCUAGGUUGUGUAAUUACGGCUACUAUUGUUGGCACAGGUUUAUUUGGAUUCUACCAAGAAGCAAAAAAUAUGGCAGUAAUGAGUGGUUUCGAAAAAAUGGUACCACCAAAUGCCACUGUUAUUCGAGAUGGAGUCAGGAAAAUAAUACCUAACACUGACCUAGUAAUAGGAGAUAUAGUUGAAAUGGCAGGAGGUCAAAUAAUACCCGCUGAUGUAAGAAUUUUAUCAUGUAAUAAUUUUAAAACAGAUAUGUCGUCAUUAACUGGGGAGUCUGAGCAAAUAAAACACAGAGUAGAAUGUACUAAUGCAAACCCGCUAGAAUCGAAAAAUAUGGUAUUUUUUGGUUGUCCUGUAACAGAAGGCACCGCAAAAGGUAUUGUAAUAGCUACAGGAGAGCUAACACAAAUGGGAAAAAUAGCAGGUUUAGUUACUGGGUUAGAAAAAGAAGAAACACCUAUAGCAAAAGAAAUAACCCAUUUCAUAAAACUCAUUUGCGGAGUAGCAUUUACAUUCGGCUUUAUAUUUUUCUUGAUGGUAUAUUUUAUUCAACACAGCUGGUUAUCAGCUUUACAAUAUAUGUUGGGAAUUAUUUUAGCGAAUGUACCAGAAGGUUUAAUUGUUACAUUAACUGUUUGUAUGACGUUAUCCGCAAAUCAAUUAAAAAGAAAAAAAUGCCUCGCUAAAACUUUACAAGCUGUAGAAACUUUGGGCUCUACAUCUUGUAUUUGUUCUGACAAAACAGGAACUCUCACAGAAAAUCAGAUGAAUGUUUCGCAUUUAUUUUGUAACUAUACAAUAUAUGACAAAACCGACCAUGCACACGUUUCUGAUCACGCAUAUGCUGCUUUAAGCUUAGCAGCAUCCCUAAAUUUAAAAGCUACAUUUUCUAAUGAGACACUUGAUCUACCCAUUGAAAAACAAAAAAUUAUUGGUGAUGCAUCAGAAUCAGCGAUUUUAAGGUAUAUGGAAAUCAAUCGAUCUGCUACCAAAACACGUGAAGAGAAUCCGAAAGAAGCCGAAAUACCUUUUAGUUCUGCAUAUAAAUAUCAAGUAACCAUACAUAAACUGCAAGCUACGCAGAGUUAUUAUUUGAUAAUGAAAGGUGCCCCAGAAAUUGUUUUAGAAUUCUGUACAAAAAUACUAACUAAUGAAGAAGACCAACCUAUGACUCCAGAAGCAAAAAAAGAACUUAAAGCAAAUUUUAUCAAACUAGCUAACAUGGGCGAACGUGUGAUUGGUUACUGUGAUUAUCAUUUGCCUUUGAUGAAUUAUCCGAUAGGAUACACAUUUGAUACUCAACAAAGAAAUUUUCCACUGGAAAAUUUAAGAUUUUUGGGUGCAAUUUCUAUGAUUGAUCCUCCAAGGCGUGAUAUCGAAAAAUCAAUUACACUCUGCCGUCAAGCAGGUAUUAGAGUUAUUAUGGUAACUGGGGAUCAUCCUGUUACAGCUUUAGCUAUCUCACGAAAAUGUGGUACUAUCACUCAACCAACUGCAUAUGACUAUGCUUUUGAACAUCAUAUAGAUCUUUCAGAUGUCCCAUCUCACCUAAAACAACAAUUUCGUGCUGCCGUCAUUACUGGCGAUGAACUGAGAAAAAUGAGUGUUAAUGAUUUAAAAAUUGCCCAACAAAAAUACGAAGAAAUAACCUUUGCUAGGACAAGUCCACAGCAAAAACUAAUGAUUGUAGAAACUUAUCAAUCUCUACAUCAUGUGGUUGCAGUGACCGGUGAUGGUGUUAACGAUUCUCCAGCUUUAAAAAAAGCAGAUAUUGGUAUUGCUAUGGGAAUAACAGGCACUGAAGUUUCAAAGCAAGCUGCUGAUAUGAUUUUACUAGACGACAAUUUUGCAUCUAUAGUUCUAGGGAUACAAGAAGGGAGACGUAUUUUUGAUAAUUUGAAAAAAACAAUUGCAUACACAUUAACUUCAAAUACACCGGAAAUGUUACCAUUUGUGUUAUAUGCCUGUUUCGGCAUGCCCUUACCAAUGACUUUAAUUUUAAUAUUAGUAAUAAAUGUUGGUACAGACCUAUUACCUGCAAUGAGCCUCGCAUAUGAAACAUCAGAGGAUGAUAUAAUGUCAAUCCCUCCACGGAAACCAACCGAUCAUCUUGUUAAUAGGAUACUUAUUUUUAUGGCAUAUUUUCAAAUAGGCCUUAUACAAUUUUUCGCAGGGAUGUAUGCGUAUUUUAUAGUUUUUGCAAAAAGUGGAUUUUUCCCGUCCAGUUUAAUUUUCGUUCGUAAAGAAUGGGAAUCGUCAUCCACCGCUGUCAAGGAUACACUCGGUCGUCUUUGGUUUUACGCUGAUAGAAAGAGAGUUGAGAGACGAGCUCAAACAGCUUAUUUUGUCGCUGUUUGCUGGACUCAGAUUUCAGAUGUUAUAAUUUGUAAAACACGACGAAUCUCAAUACUUCAAAAAGGAAUGAAAAAUCAAGUGUUAAAUUUAAGUAUUAUAGUCGAUUUAAUUGCAGCUUUGACUGUUACAUAUCUUCCGUUGUGUCAUGAAGUUUUUGGUACAGAAGCCAUAGCUUGGAAUGACUUUCUACUUGCAACACCGUUCUUCGUGCUUAUGAUUGUUGCUGAUGAAUUUCGAAGAUUUUUAAUUAGACGUAGCUUUUCGAAAUGGGUGGAACAAGAAACUUACUAU